GAGAGAGAGAGAGAGUUAUAUAUGCUUUAUCCAACCAUCUAUCCAACCAUACACAUAGAUAGAUAUAACAUAUAUGUGGUAUACAUUCAUCUAUUCAUUUAUAUAAAUAUCUAUAAAUAUUAUUCUUAAUAUUUACUAGAAUUUAUCAUUAUCUACCUUAAAUGUGUGUAUAAUAAUAAUACUACUAGCUCAGUUAUUAAUAUGAAUAAAUAUUGAAUUUUGAAUUGCACAUUUGUUAAUUUGAAUCAUUUUCUCUCUCUCUCUCUCUAUCUAUCUGUCGCUAUCGCUAUCGCUGUCGCUGUCUCUCCCUCCAUUGUGGUGAUUUAAAAAUUACGCGCUACAAUUGAUUGAUUGAUUGAUUCAAUAUUACAACAUUUAAACAACACACCAAAAAACAUACGAAUAAAUACAUAAAGAAGAGAAGAAAUUUACAAUAAUUAUUUAAUAAUAAUUAACCAAUAUAUACAUAAUUUCACACGGAAAUAAAAACAAAAAUUCAAGGAGAAAGAAAUAAAAUAUUUCUAAUAAUUGAACAUCGAACACGAAAGAAUUCAAAAAACAAUAAAACAAAACAAAACAAUUAUCCAACGGAAACAAUAUAUUCACAAUAACAAACCAACAAACAAACAAAUUUAAAUUCUUCUGUGUUCAUUCUGGCAUAAACAUAUUCAUAAAUUAUUUCUUUUUAUUCUAAAACAAAAAGAAAAAUCUUUUUUCAAAAAAAAACAAAAAUCCAACCACAAUGCUCAAUGGUGAGAUAUUACACAUGGAAGACAAUGAUCUUCGUGAAGCCUUUACUCUAUUCGAUGUAAAUCGUGAUGGUCGUAUCACUGAAACUGAAUUGGAAUCAGUUCUUGGUUUCCUGGGAGUGAAAACAACUCGAGAAGAAGUGCGUAGAAUGAUUCGAGAUGCUGACUGUGAUGUAUUUGUCGUCGUUGGGAUAGUAGAAUUUUCCAGUUGUCUGGCUGGACAGGUGUUGAAUCAUUCCUAUUACUCGUGUUCUCUCUCAGUUGACUCUGAGCACCCACUCUACCAGCAGCUCCAACCUUGUGUCUCCUCAGGUAAAACAAGAAGUCUUUACAGAAGACUUUAUGCACGUAAUGGAACAGUGGAAUUUGAUGAAUUCCUCCGAAUGAUGCGAAGAUAUUCACAAAAUCAACGAUCGAAAUCUCCUGAUGAUGAACUUCGUGAUGCAUUCAACGUAUUUGAUCAAAAUGGUGAUUCCGUGAUUGAUUUCGGUGAAAUCAAACGGACAAUGCACUUUCUAGGUGAAGCUGUCACUGAUGAUGAAGUACGCGAAAUGAUUAAAGAGGCUGAUCUGGAUCAAGAUGGAUUGGUUGAUUUUGAAGAUUCUAUUUAA